AUGGGUAUAAGAGAUUUUCUCCGGAAACACAUGCACUCGAAGCAAAAAGCAGAACCCGGAAGUGAGAGAAAAGAAAAACUUCAAGAACCCACCGUACCCCCAAGACCAUCCCCUCCCGUUCGACAAGCGCCAGAACCAAUCCUACCUGUAAAACAAAGCGAAUUGGGGCCACUCCGUUGUGAAAACGCGCACAGUCACCUACGAGAGCACCCGAAGCGCUAUACCCCAAAUAUUGACUCAUCAACCAACUCUGAAUCCACCUCUAUGGCUUCAUCAACGGGUGCUUCAUCGCUUGAACCGCCAAGAAUUUUGGCACCUCCGGUCGUAGAAAAUACGCGAUACGAAAACUUAUUAGGCACGGCGACGAGAGUGAUUCGGGAGAAGGAGCAACGGCCGGUCCCGAAGCCACGGACCUUGAUUUCUCGACCUCCAACAACGAGAUUGGCUGAAAUUGCUAGCGAUGACCGCCCUUCUACCUCAAGACAACCAAAUAUAAACUUGGAAAGUGAGGGGUUUGAUAGACCAUCAACUUCAAGGGUAUCGCCGCCUCGAAUACCACAAGAGACAGUCCGAACGCCGCGGGUAGAGAAUUCCGAGCAAGUCAGACGAGACCGUGAAUUUGCGCUGAUGCUCGCAAAAAUUGAAGCCCUCCAUGCGCCGAACUGGGAACCAAAAUUUAACAUGGCUGCCGAAGCGGCAAGAAAUGAGACUCCAGUUUCCUCGCCAGGCCCUAGUCACUCCGAGGUGGAACGACAAACUGAAAAUGAUGCAGCUCUGGCAAGGGCCUUGCAGGAUAUUGAGGAUGAACUGUAUGAAAAUGAAUUUGGAAGCCAGGCGAGGACCAGCAGCCCUCCUGCGGAUGAGCAUAUUAAUAGGAUUAUACGGGAAUUGGCGGAAUUACUACGGAAUGAUGUCGACCGACCAGCACCUAAUAACCCGCCUAGAGCAAUUGUACCAAAAAAUCGUGAUGAUAUACUAGUUCUCACCGAAAUCACCCGGUGUACAAUAUGCUUUGAAGAUGAGCCGACAGAUCCGGUUGGCUGUAAAUAUUGCAAGCAGCUGGUAGGGUGCAGAGAUUGUGUCACGUGCUGGUACCGCGGAGGUUCGAACAACGAUGUUUUGCGUUACGUGCUGGGCAGUGCAAAUUAUGAACAAUGCCCGCUUUGCCGCCAUCGUUGGCUUGUUCAACCCGAGAUUAUCAAUAUUAAAAAAGGG